AACUCGUAUUUUUCACCGCCUGGAAAUGUGUUUUUAUCCCCUUCAGCUUUGUGAGACGGGAGCAGAGUGUGCUGGGAAUCCGAAUGUGAAUCAGCGUGUGGCGACAUCAUCAUGAUGUUUGGGAAAGUGAAGACAUGUAACUCCACCGCGGCUCCUGACAGAAGUCCAGCCGAGUGUAACCUGGUGCUGCUCGGCGUCAUGGGCUCUGGGAAAUCAGCACUGACGGUCAAAUCCACAAAGCGCUUCAUCAGUGAAUAUGACCCUCAUCUAGAGGACAUCUACUCAUCAGAGGAGAAGGUGGACCAGCAGCCGGUCACAGUGAGAGUGAUGGACACCUGUGAUCAGGACGGUCCAGUGAACAGUGAGCGCUAUCUGUCGUGGGCCAGCGCCUUCCUGGUCGUCUACAGCAUCGACAACAUGGAGAGCUUCAAAGGCUGCCAGCUGUACCUGCAGACUCUCGCUCUGCACAACAAAACCUUCAGGCCUCAAACUCCCAUCAUCCUGCUGGGGAACAAGCUGGACAUGGACAGAUACAGACAGGUGAGUAAGUGUGAAGGCGAGCUGCUGGCGUCUCGUUUCGGCUGUCUGUUCUUCGAGGUGUCCGCCUGCCUGGACUUCCUCUCCGUGCAGCGCGUCUUCUACGAGGCGGUGAGGAGGGCGAGGCACGGGGGCCAGCGCAGCCGUCUCGUCCCGGCCAUCUACAUCAGGGAGGACAAAGCGUUGCUCCCCUCCUUUGCCACGCCCUGCUACAAGGAGCUGCCGGCCCCCGCCACCGCCAAGCUGGUCACCGUGAAGACGUCCAGAGCGCAGAGCAAACGGAGGGCCGCCACACUCACCCUGCUCAAAGGCUUCAAGAUAUUCUGACACCCUGGUCGCCCUCCAGCAUCUCCGCUGACUCUCUGAAAGACUGAGAUGGUACUGCACUGUGAGCUAUACAGGGGGUGGACAAAAUAACAUGAACAGCUGCACAGUGUACAGACAGGUACCUGAACCUGGGUUUGAAUUUCAGCUUUGUUUUUGAAGAAAAUAGGUUUUAUCUUAGAUUUUUGCUGACAGAUCUACAUACUGCACUACAGUCAGUAUUUAUAGGAACGCCCACAACGUCAGUUUCUUCAGCGCUGAGGGGGAAAGCAAAGUAUUUUCCGCCAUUCUGAAGAGCUGCUGGCUCUCUGCACAUCAAAUAAACUUCAAAAUCCAGAGCUAAAGGGUAUUUUUCAACGUAUUUUCCCACGUUUUUGUGUCUAAGUGACUGAUAGGAACAACAUUUUUUUAAAAGGUCCAGUAAUAAGUGAGAGCAGUAGCCAGGCUGCAGUGCAAACACUUGAGGGAUGCUCACACCUUCAAUUUACUAAAAGCACUUGUUUUCACCGCUGACAGCCUCAGAUUAUUAUUCUAAGUGUCUGACAAGGUGACUGAAAGGAUGGACCUUUUUCUCAAAGAGCACUGUACCUUUACUCAGAUUGCUUCUCUGACUUCACAGCUCAAUAGAAAGUGAGAUGAAUCAUGUUUUAGCCUUCACAGUAUGCCACAUCUCCACGCAGCUGAACACCUGUGGGAACAUUUGCAGCGACACGCUCUGCACCUCCAUCAUCAAAACAACAAAUGAGAAAAUGUUGUUUUCAUCCCCCCCGGGAGAGUUAAACAUACUGUUGAGGAUCCACAAAACCUUUAAGACAGUUUUUCCUUUCAUUUGCCACCCAUCUGUAACGAAGUAUGAUGCUGCUGUAAUGGUUUUUCUUCUGUUCAGUUAUUUUUAAAACUUGAUAAAUAAUCACUAAUAUGUCUGUAGGAACAAAACUCUGAGACACAGAGGAACAAAAUUCUGCUUCUUUGCUAUUGCCCUUUUCCCCCAUCUCAUCUAGCAGGGAACGUUCCCACAACAUUGGCUAAGUUGCAUUAACAUUUUAAAGAAAAAAGAUUAAUCUAAUGUUCAAAGAAUGUUUUCAGGGUGUUUAUCAUUUCAGAUAAAGUCCCUAAAGGUUAAAUGCUGACUUAGACAUAAUGUUUUAACUGCAACAUUGUGAGGAUGUUUUGGUGAUGUUGAGGUGACA